GGUGCGGAGUGCGGCCCAGUGCGGGUGCAGGCAUAUCGCACGCAGAGACCGCGCGGGGCGCACGUCGUCGUCAACACUCGGCCGUACUCGCAUCGAAACUAUUCUCGCGGAUUCAGUUGCUCCAAAUUAAUUAAUGGUGAGAGUUUGUGUAUGACUGUGGAACUGUGCAUUUCUUUGGAAACGUAAGAAACAACGCUGCUGUUCAUUUUUGCCCUAACGUCCGGAGAUGCGCUCGAGUCUGCUCUGAAACACCAAAGCCAUCGGCAUGGCGUAUCGGUGUGGCCCAACGGCCAUCGGGAACCGCUCCUCGUGGGCACCGCUCUCGUCUCCUGUGGAAAAAACCUUCGACCGCCCUCUCAGCGGCAACUUCGACAGGAUAUUCAAUGCGUUUGAAAGAACCAACGCUUUUGAGUACGUCAGGAACUCAGUAGAAAAGGAAGAGCGUCACAUCGGUCAUGGGGACAUCGUGGUGAAUAGAAAGAUGAGCAGCAGUUUCGAGCGGGCGGAUUGCGCGCUGGCAGCGCAAACACCCUGCUCCGAGGAUGAAGACUUCUACAGAGAGAAGAUCCUAUAUUCGCAGGCGAGACAGCUGUUUCCGCUUCAGGAGGAUCUGGCUGACUGGAUCAAUAAGACUAUUGGUGAGUUGCAAGCAGAGUGGCGUUAA